GAGAGAUAGUCAGAAGAGAGGGAAAAAUUGACAGAGAUCUUUCCUUCCUCACUGUUUCUUCUGUUUAAUUCGUCGAUUUUAAGUGUGAGAGUUCUUAAAAGUUGGAUCCUCUGCUCAGCUUUAACCAGCGAACGUUUCGUUUUUGGGAUCUGUGACACACAAACAAAUCUGAGCUGACACGACCAUGGAAGAAGUUCAGCCACCAGUGACCCCACCCAUUGACCCCAAUGGUAAAAGAAGUGAAGUAACUCUCUUGGACAUAUGCGAGAAAGUCCUGUCUCUGGAAGUGAGCAUUUGCGAUGAAGCUUUGAAGUUGUUUACUGAAACCAAACGGAUUUUGUCAGCAAACAUGGCUAACAUUGGAAGUGGAACGCGGGAGGAAGUAGAGAGGUUCUGGUUUGCGUUUGUUCUUUAUUCAGUGAAGAUGCUUACUGUUAGAAAAGAAGUGGACGGUCUGUCAGUUUCUGGUGCUAAUGGGUUUAAUCUAUGUCAGAUACUGAGGGCUUUAAAGCUCAAUAUUGUGGAUUUCUUUAAAGAGUUACCUCAGUUUGUGGUCAAGGCUGGUCCUGUGCUAUGUGAACUUUAUGGUGCAGACUGGGAGAACAGACUUCAGGCAAAGGAGUUGCAAGCGAACUUUGUGCAUCUUAGCCUUCUAAGCAAAUACUACAAACGUGGGUACCGGGAGUUCUUCUUGACAUACGAUGCAAACGCAGAAAAGACCUCAGCGAACUCUGAUAGUUAUUUGCCAAAUAGUUACCGUUUUGGCUGGUUACUCUUUUUGGCACUCCGAAACCAUGCUUUUAGUCGGUUUAAAGACCUUGUGACAUGCACCAAUGGUCUAGUUUCUAUAUUGGCUAUAUUGAUCAUUCACGUCCCUUGUCGGUUUAGAAAUUUCAGCAUCCAAGACUCUUCACGUUUUGUUAAGAAAGAUGACAAAGAUGUAGACUUGAUUGCAUCACUUUGCAAGAUAUAUGACGCCUCAGAAGAUGAGUUGAGGAAAAUAAUGGACAAGGCAAAUAAUUUGAUAGAAACAAUACUGAAGAAGCCAUCUUCAGCAUCCACGUGCAAAAUUGACAAGCUAGAUAAUAUUAACCCAGAUGGCUUGACUUACUUUGAGGAUUUACUGGAUGAGACAUCCAUCUCAACUAGUUUGAUCACAUUAGAAAAAGAUUACGAUGAAUCAGUCUGCAAUAAAGGGGAACUGGAUGAGAGGGUGUUCAUCAAUGAAGAGGAUAGCUUACUCGGAUCUGGAACCUUAUCUGCAGGAGCUGUAAAUAUUACUGGUGUUAAGAGGAAAAUUGAUUCUUUGAGCUCACCUGCGAGGACAUUUAUAAGUCCACUCUCUCCUCACAAGUCACCUGCUGCUAAGACAAAUAUUAUUAGCGGCGCCAUCAAGUUGACAGCAACACCAGUAAGCACAGCAAUGACAACUGCCAAAUGGCUCAGGACUGUUAUAUGUCCGCUUCUGCCAAAACCUUCUCCUGGGUUGGAACAUUUCCUCAAAUCUUGUGAUAGGGAUAUAACAACUGAUAUCACACGAAGAGCACAUGUAAUAUUGGAAGCUAUCUUUCCAAAUAGCUCCUUUGGAGACCGAUGUGCAGGUGGAAGUUUACAACCUGUUAACCUGAUGGAUGACAUAUGGGCAGAACAGCGAAGAUUAGAAGCUAUGAAGUUAUACUACAGAGUUCUUGAGGCAAUGUGUAAAGCAGAAGCUCAGAUUUUGCAUGCGAAGAACUUAAACUCUUUAUUGACAAAUGAGAGGUUCCAUAGAUGCAUGCUGGCUUGUUCAGCUGAACUGGUUCUGGCUACCCACAAAUCCAUUACAAUGUUGUUCCCAGCGGUUCUGGAGAGAACUGGGAUUACAGCCUUUGAUCUCUGCAAGGUUAUAGAGAGUUUCAUCAGACACGAGGAUUCUCUACCUAGGGAGUUGAGACGGCAUCUGAACUCACUAGAGGAACGGCUUCUCGAGAGUAUGGUAUGGGAGAAAGGCUCUUCAAUGUACAACUCUCUGAUUGUUGCCAGGCCAUUGCUUGCAUUGGAUGUCAACCGGCUCGGAUUACUAGCUGAACCGAUGCCAUCUCUGGAUGCAAUUGCAGCUCUUAUUAACUUCUCCGAAGGAUUAAGUCAUACACCAUCUAUCCAAAAGCAUGAAACAUGUCAAGGACAAAAUGGGGAUAUGAAAUCUCCCAAAAGACAGUGUACAGAUUACCGCAGCAUUCUAGUUGAACGCAAUUCCUUUACAUCACCAGUAAAGGAUCGUCUGUUGGCCUUUGGCAAUGUUAAAUCCAAGAUGCUGCCACCUCCGUUGCAGUCUGCAUUUGCUAGUCCAACACGGCCCAACCCAGGAGGCGGUGGAGAAAGCUGUGCAGAAACUUGUAUCAACAUUUUCUUCACUAAGAUUAAUAAACUGGCUGCUGUCAGAAUCAAUGGAAUGGUGGAAAGGUUGCAACUUUCGCAGCAAAUGAGGGAGAGUGUAUAUCGUCUCUUCCAACAUGUACUUGCUCAGAGGACUUCUCUUUUCUUUAACCGACAUAUUGACCAGAUCAUUCUCUGUUGCUUUUACGGAGUGGCCAAGAUAUCCCAAAUGAGCCUAACUUUCAGGGAAAUCAUAUACAACUAUAGGAAGCAACCACAGUGUAAACCACUAGUUUUCCGUAGCGUGUAUGUGGACUCGUAUCAGUGUCGCCGUCAAGGCCAAGGGAGAGUGGGGCCGGAUCAUGUAGAUAUCAUCACAUUCUACAACGAAAUAUUUAUUCCUGCCGUAAAGCCGUUGCUGGUGGAGAUAAUUCCUGUGAAAAGUGACCAGGCUAUGGAGGCCAAUAAUAAACCUGAAGGUCUUUGUCCUGGAUCACCAAAGGUGUCGGUGUUUCCAAGUGUUCCAGACAUGUCCCCUAAAAAAGUAUCUGCCGUGCACAAUGUUUACGUUUCUCCCCUUCGAGGAUCAAAGAUGGAUGCUCUUAUUUCGCACACCUCAAAGAGUUACUAUGCUUGUGUUGGAGAGAGCACACAUGCUUACCAGAGUCCUUCAAAAGACCUAUCUGCCAUCAACAACCGCUUGAACAACUGCAGCACCAACCGCAAGAGGACGCUUAAAUUUGACGUGGAAGCAGGACUGGUCAGCGAUUCCAUGGUAGGAAACAGCCUUUACCUUCAAAACCCAAACCCAAAUGGAAGCGAUGCAUCGUCUUCAGGUGGUCCCCACCUUAAAACCGAGCCUGUAGAUUCAUCAUAGAUUUUAUUUCUUCUUUUUAUUUGCAACGUCAACUAUGCUAUCAUCUGUAAAUCCUUUUCCUAGAGAGUUUGUUUUUUAUGUUAAGCUUUCUAGUGAGCACCUCAGGCUAUAUCAGCGGAUGGUACCCUUUUAUUGUUUCUCCUUGUUAUUUAUCAAAAUAAAGUUUGUCCAAAUUUAGUGUUCUAAUAUUAC